UCAUGUUUUCUCAUAGUAUUACUUUUUCUUAGUCACUAUUUCUACUUUCAUUUCAUCUAUAAUUGUAUUAUCCAUUUCAUUCUAUUUCUUAUAAUUUUAGGUUUUGACAAAAUUAUACAUGCAUUCUCCCUCUAUUUCAUGUUACUUGCAUUUUUCUAUUUCAAUUUAUCUCAAACUAUUUACACUAUUUCUAUUUAAAUAAGAAUUAGGAUAAUAUAUUAGAGUUAAUUAAGUAUUUUCUUAUUCAGGGAUAUCUCAUUAUACUUCAAGUACUAAUCAGUAAUUUCAAAUUAAUGAUUGAAAAUGCGAGUGAAUUGGACGGAGGGAGUAUUAUAUUGGUGGCUAGGGUAAAAUUGCAAUUGAUUAUUAUUUAGUUUUUUUUAAUAAGAACUGAAAAAAAUGAGGGUUGUAUUUAGAUAUAGUAGGACCAAAGUGUGACAAUUAAUUGAACCCAUAACUAGAAUAAGAAGGCGUAUAGAAAAACGGUUCACAAGCUGAAAGUAAAUUGAAAAAGCCGCAAGAUGAGGGAAGUAGAGGUGAGCAGUGGGCCCACACGCUGCCGCUGGAACAGGUGUCGCUCCCUUCUUCUGCAUGCCUGAGCACGCCGCUUUUAAUAAGACUACCAAACGCCUACGCCAUUUCAUUUGUGCAUUUCUGGAUGGCUCUUACUCGGAUUUUUGUGCUGUUCAUGUUUAUCUCAGCGGCGGUGGCAAGGCGGCAGAGUGUGUGGGAUCCCAUUAUCCGGCUGCCCACGGAGGAGAAUGCCACCAGGUGGGCGGUGCUUGUAGCGGGUUCUAAUGGCUUUGGAAAUUAUCGCCAUCAGGCUGACGUUUGCCAUGCAUACCAAAUACUCAAAAAAGGAGGCAUCAAAGAUGAGAACAUUAUAGUUUUCAUGUAUGAUGACAUCGCAAUGAAUGAUCUAAAUCCUCGAAAAGGAGUUUUGAUCAAUCACCCAACAGGCGAGGAUGUCUAUGCUGGUGUUCCAAAGGACUAUACCGGUGAGCAAGUCACAACGGAGAAUUUCUAUGCUGUAAUCCUAGGCAACACAAGUGCUGUAACAGGUGGAAGUGGUAAAGUUGUUGACAGUAAACCAGGAGACACGAUAUUUAUCUACUAUUCCGACCAUGGCGGCCCUGGAGUGCUUGGGAUGCCGAAUAUGCCAUAUCUGUAUGGAAAAGAUUUCAUUGACGUUCUAAAGAAGAAGCAUGAAUCUGGCACCUACAAAGAAAUGGUGAUAUAUAUUGAAGCAUGUGAGAGUGGAAGUGUAUUUGAAGGAAUGAUGCCUGAUGAUCUGGACGUCUAUGUGACCACGGCAUCAAAUGCUGAAGAGAGUAGCUGGGGAACUUACUGUCCUGGGAUGGAUCCCCCGCCUCCUCCCGAGUACAUGACAUGUUUGGGAGAUUUGUAUAGCGUUGCUUGGAUGGAAGACAGCGAGUCCCACAACCUCAAACGAGAAACGGUACAGCAACAAUACGAUCAGGUCAAGGAACGAACAUCUAACUACAACACAUACAAUGCUGGAUCUCAUGUUAUGGAAUACGGGAACAAAAGCAUCAAAUCUGAGAAGCUGUAUCUGUUCCAAGGAUUUGAUCCGGCGACUGAGAACCUUCCACCGAAUCAAUUCAAUGCCAAAGCUAACAUGGGUGUUGUCAACCAGAGGGAUGCCGAUAUUCUCUCUCUGUGGGAAAUGUACAACAGGUCGAACGAUGAUACAGAAAAGAAGGCACAACUGCUGAAGCUGAUUACGAGCACGAUGCUGCACCGGAAGCAUCUUGAUGGUAGCUUGGACAUUAUCGGCGUUGUCUUAUUCGGCCCAGCGAAGUCUCCUGCUGUCCUUAAAUCAAGAAGAGGAGGUGGUUUGCCCCUUGUGGAUGACUGGGACUGUUUGAAAUCAAUGGUUCAUGUAUUUGAAGCUGAGUGUGGCCCAUUGGCGCAGUAUGGAAUGAAACACAUGCGAUCAUUUGCGAAUAUUUGUAACGCCGGGGUUUCCGUAAGCAGAAUGGAAGAAGCAUGUAUGGCGGCUUGUGGUGCUACAUCUACCCCGCUGCUGCCUGCUGCGUAAAUAUGUACGAAUUGUGGAAAUUACUGUCGAAGUUGUGCAAUGUGGUGUGUUUAGAUUGUGUUUGUUGCAAGAUACAGGACGAUGAUCAAUGAAUAACAUAAUUUAUAGAUAUGCUAAUGAUUGAGAUAUCAUGAAGGGAUGAUACAUGAUGAGGAGAAA